UAUCGAUUGUGGUUGACAAGAACUAACAACAGAAAAGAGCAACACGCACAAAAUAGACACACAAAAUAUAGUAUCCAUAUUUGUAUAUGUUUCUAUGUGUGUGAACGUGUGUGUGUGCGAGUCGGGACGUUAUGUUUUUAGCAUUCAUAACAAACUUUAAGCCAUGCCGCGUAAUUUAGGCCCAAAUUCGGGCCUUGUGGAUCUAGGCGUUGUUUGUCUAAUAUGUUUGCGCGCCGAGCCCGGAUAUUGUUCAAUUUAUGGGCAGGAUCUCGAGACUCCUCAUAUGCAAAUUGUGGAUAAAAUACGCAGUUGCAGUGCAUUGCAGCUAGAGAGGUCACUCCUCUCACAGUUGCCCGACAAGAUCUGCCAUGGAUGUCGAAACGAGCUAAGCAUCACCUAUCGUUUCCAACAGAAAUGCCUGGAGGCUCAAAAGGUAUUCCAAUCGGCAGCUUCGGCCACUCUUCUUGUGGAUGUUGAUAAACUGGAGCUGGAGCAAACGCAGCAUCUCAAGUUGCCAUCCAGUCUCAGAGUUAAGCGUCUCGGUGCUGAGCCAACCGCCAACAAAAUUAAGUAUUACCCAGAUGAGGAUGAUCAUAACGUUGAUGAGAUUGAUGAUGUUGAUGAUGUUGAUGAUGUUGAUGAGGCUGAUGAUGUGGAGACGCUAUCAAUGAUUCAGCCAGACAAUGGAGCAUCAGCUUUAGUGCUGCAGGAUGUGACCACCAUUGCCUCUGACACUGAGGACGACAAGAUGAUUGCACUGGACGUCGAUUGGGCUGCAGAGCAAACGGAGCAGCUACAGCAGCAGCGACAUUCUGAAUCGGAGCAAGACAACGAUAUGGAGCUGGAGCAGGAGUUCGAUCACGAGCAGGAAUUGGAACCGGAGCAGGAACAGGAGCAGGAGCAGGACGAAGAUGAUGACUAUAAGCUGCCCGAUGAGGAGCACUUGCACACACAGACGACUUCGUGUGCUCCAGUCAACAACAACAACAGCAGCAACAGCAACAACUACAACAACUACAACAACUACAGCAACCACAACAAUGGCAGCGGAAAUGGAGACAACAUAAUCAUCAAUAUCGGCGGGGUAGUGCGAAAUCGCCGCACCACGGAGUCCAAGAUCUGCGACAUCUGCGGCAAUACAUACAAAUAUCAACACGCACUCAAUGCUCAUAUGCGACGGCACAACAAUGAGCGUCCGUAUCCGUGCGAGGUGUGCCAGAAGGCAUUCAUUUCAAACGUGGAGCUGCGCCGGCACAUGCGAGUCCAUACCGGGCAAAAGCCGUACGGCUGCCAUUACUGCGAUCGCCGCUUCUCCGACUUUGGCAGCAGCAAGAAGCAUGAACGCAUUCACACCGGCGAACGGCCGUACAUCUGCGAGGUGUGCAACAAGGGAUUCGCCUAUGCUCAUGUGCUCUCCGUGCAUCGGCGCAUACACACGGGCAAAAAGCAGUUCCAGUGCACGCAGUGCGACAAGGGAUUCACCAAGAAAUCCUAUCUCGCCACGCAUCUAGCACAGCACCAGCCAGAGGUGGAGGUGGCAACGGCAACGUUACAGCGAUUGCCUACGCGCAAGCGCCAGCAGCAACAAAAGCAGCAGCAGCAACAACAACAGCUGCAGCAGCAGCAGCAACAGCAACAGCAACAGCUGCAACAAAAACAACAGGAAGAGCAGCAGCUUCGAAGACAACAACAACAACAACAGCAGCAACAUUUGCGUUACAACAGCGACUUGGCUGUUGGAGAUGAUGAUUCCUAUGAUGAUGACAAUGUCAGCGUUGGCAUUGGUAUGACCAACCUAAACCAGGCGGGUGGUGAGCAGGCCAAGGUGCUGGAGGAGUGCAUUGUCACGAAUGAUUUUAUGUUCAACGAUGAUGAUGCGGACGACACCGAGCAGAAUCUGGACGAUUAUCAUGAUACGGAGCUGGACGAUAGCGAAUUUCAGAGCGUACAACACGUUAAGGUGCCGUACGGGCUUGUCAGCGAUCUACUCGAUGCCGACGAACUUGUCAGCGAUACCAAAUACUUGAUGGAAUAGUACCCCUACCCCCCGACUCCCUCCCCAAUCCACCAACCCACCUUUAGGUCUUAAGCAUGCAUGCAAAACAAAUUAGUAUAGAGCUCAUCAGCUGUGUAAAUAAAGUCGAGUUGGCAACGGUUUCCAACAUAUAUUAAAAACAAAAAGAAAAGAAAAGAAAAAACUAUAAUAUCCAGAUUAUGAUAUGGCCUGAAGCACAACUGAAUAUACGCAUUUGGUGCUCCACUUUCAAUACACGUCAGAGUGCUCCAUAUCCAAUAUUCCAUACCGAAUUCUAACUCCUCUAAAUGUAAUAGAGUUUGAAAAAUUUCCGAAAUUUGAAAUUUUGUCAGGCUAGCCACGUAUUUAUG